AUGACGAAACGAUCGUUUGACGGCUCAAUUGACUUUCGAGGGCUCGAAGAAGCCAUUGAGUAUAUAUUGAAUGAGGAAGGGGAUCCCGACGUCAUCUAUGACCUAGUGGCUAUUCCCCUAGACCCAGUAUUAUCACAGAUAAAGAAGAAGGGGGUGAAGAUGAUGUCUUACAAAAUGCAAUUCCGCGAGAUAGAGAGACCAGGAAGAGUUAGAUGUGUGAAG